AUACACAUGCAGCUCUAAUAAUAAUAGCGCAUAUAUUGAUUUAAUUAAAUCAUAACUUGCAUGAUUUAACAAGCGCACUAAGCCAUAUCUCGAUAUUAUUUCAUAUUGUUGUCGUAUUGUUAGUUUAACUCCUUCUAUUCUUUUCAUUUGUUUGUCGCUUUGGAUAAAAAUGCCUGCUAAAUGAUUAAAUGUAAAUUUGUACUUUGAAAUACUGUGCAGCUUACUGUAUUGCAGUGUGUUAAUGUGUGUUUGCGUGCAGGGUCAGCUGUCGGAUUUCUCCAAGCGGAGUCGCAGUGCAAAGUUUCGCCUCGUGCCCAAAUUCAAGAAAGACAAAAACAACAAAAACAAAGAGACGUGCGCCGCCCUCAACAUGCCAGUGAACACCUGGGGUGUAGAGGAGGUGGGCGUCUGGCUGGAGGUGCUCUGUCUGUCCGAGUAUAAGGAGAUCUUCAUCAGACACGAUAUCAGAGGACCAGAACUGCUUCAGCUGGAGAGGAGAGACCUGAAGGACCUGGGCGUGACUAAAGUGGGCCAUAUGAAGCGGAUCCUGCAGGGAAUCAGGGAUCUGAGUCGAAACAGCACAGCCAGCGAAGCCUAGACGCCCCUCAGCCAAUCAGAUGCCUCGUCCAGACGUGACCUAGCCUCACCCGGCCAAUCAGACGCUCGGUCACCACUGGGACCAGCCAUAUCGACCAAUCACAGUGUGCCUUCUGUUCUCCACCUCUGUGACAUCAUCGCCUUGGGGAACUCUGCUCGACUACCCACGAGAGA